CUCUCAGACAUCUCUUCUCCUCCCUUUGUCUUCUGCUACAUUUGAUUGGCAGACGCAUCAAUCUAUUUUCAUUCUCUCCGUUCACGAGAGGCUACAGAAUCCUCAAAGAUAACCCAUCGAUCACUUUUUACCUCCCGUUGAGUCCCGCCGACUCGUGCGACAGAGCACUGUCAGCUCUUCAUCAACUUUAUCUAUCGAUCUCGAACAUCUACCAUGUCUUUGGACGCCAAGGAAAUUGAGCUCCGGGCCAAGGCCGUGAACAAGGCCGCAACCUCCAAUGAACCUCCCUCCACCAUCAUACCACUUCUGAAACAGCUGCAACAAGGCGUCAAGGCCACCGAGGACCUGCUACGAUCCACCCGUGUGGGUAUCGCCGUCAACAAACUCAAGCAACACAAAUCCCCGGAAGUCGCCCGUCUCGCGAGCGAGAUCGUCUCCAAAUGGCGGCACGAAGUGAACAAGCAAAAGGCCGGGCCUUCACCCGGGGCGAGCGGACGAUCCAGCAGCUCUCCCCGUCCUCGCACCAAUGGCACGCCCUCGGGCGGCACGACUCCCUCCGACAAGGCAUCGAAGCUUUCGGUGCCGCCGGAUAAACGCACCUGGAAGGCCGACGGCGUGGACACCAACCAAACGGGCAACAAGAUUCGCGAUAGCUGCAUCGGAUUGAUGUACGACGGACUGUGUCUCAACUCGACCGAGGCCCCACGGACCGUGCUGGCCAAGGCAUCGGCCGUCGAGGCGGCCGCCCUCAGCGCAUACGGUCCGGAAAGCAAGGAACAAUACCGCACCAAGAUCCGCAGUCUCUACCAGAACCUCAAGAACAAAUCGAACCCCUCGCUGCGCAUCCGGGUGCUGAGCGGCGAAGUGACCCCGGAGCACUUUGUCAAGAUGUCACACGACGAGCUACGGUCGGCGGAACAACAGGAACGAGACCGCAAGAUUCAAAAGGAGAACAUGGACAAGGCGAUGGUGGCACAGGCGGAGCGGAGUAUCAGUACGAGCUUGCAGUGUGGCAAGUGUGGACAACGGAAGGUGACCUAUACGGAGGCGCAGACGCGCAGUGCAGAUGAACCGAUGACAUUGUUUUGUACGUGUAUGAACUGCGGCAAGUCAUGGCGGCAGUGAUGGCAGCGGUGAUGGCAGCAGUGAUGGCGGCAGUGAUGAUGUACUCUUUAUAUCUGGGUUAUAAUGGUGUUGGGCUGAGGCGAGGAGUUCGGUUGUUUAAGGUUAUG